CGCUGUGACGUCUCGACUUCACAGAGUGACGCUCUUGGUAACAAAAUCUGUUGUUAAACGUUGCUAAGGAAGUAACGGAGCUUCUUUUGGAAAUAGCCAGUCUGGGGGCAGUAGUUAAAGCGAUGAGAGAGCCUCAUUCAGCUGGAAGCAGGAGUUUUCUGACAUAAGAAGAGGAUGGCAGCGAAUGGGGAGAACUGUACUCUGUUUUAUCCCUGUGAGCCAUCUGAAAAUGGAGAGAAUGGCACAGACAGGGGGACCAUCAUAAAGUCCUUAGGGGUUGUAAAAUCUACCUUGGAGCAAAAUGAAGCUUUUACAACUAUUGCUAGAAAUGCGCCAGAGGAGACUACAAAAUACCACCCUCGGGCCCCGCUGGCAACCAGCCUGUCAAAGUGCAGCAAAAGAAGUGUCUCAGCAGAGGAGAGUUUAAGAACCAGGAGGCUGAACAACAGCCAGGAGAGCCUGAGUGACAGAGCUGAGACCGGCUCCUCCACAGACUCGCUUAAAGACCAGACAGAACCAGUCAGGAACGAGGAGGACUUCGAUGUGAGACCUCAGUCUGCUAUCACUACAGGAUCUCCUGUGAGCAGUCUGUCAGAAGAUGAAAGCAGGCCACAGGGCCUGCAGAGUGUCCUGGAGGACCAUCAGGGAUCCGGCAAGGUGCGACUGUCUCCAGUGCAUCCCACAAGGACACACACUGCUCAGAAGAACAACUUUGUGUCAGCCAUUAAAGAGCUACCUAAUAGGAUUGGUAAGGAUUGUUCAGAUUAUCCCGCCCUGACCACAGAGAGGACUGGAGAGAAAAUUCACAGGAACCUGAGUGGCAGCAAGCUUCUGGAGAACAUGGGGUCAGAUAGUGGCUCUGUAAACUCCUUAAAGUCCAUCUACAGCGUUCUUAGUCCCAUCAAGCCCAAAGACGUGAGAACCAGGAGCUUCCUAGAGGGCAGCAUGCUGGGAAGUGGUGCUUUGCUCGGGGCUGAGGAGCUGGACCGAUACUUCCCCGACAGGAGGGUGGGAUUCUACGUGGUCACGUGGAACAUGCAGGGUGGGAAGUUCCAUCCAGCCACCUUGAACGAUCUCCUCCUUCCUACAGAUUCUGAAUUUGCACAAGAUUUUUAUGUCAUUGGAGUCCAGGAAGGGUGCCCUGACAAAAGGGAGUGGGAGACCUGUCUUCAGGAGACUCUGGGACCUCACUACGUCAUGCUGUAUACAGCAUCACAUGGUGUUCUGUACCUGACUGUAUUUACCAGGAGAGACCUCAUAUGGUUCUGUUCAGAGGUGGAACACGCCACGGUCACCACCAGGAUCGUCUCUCAGAUCAAGACCAAAGGCGCUCUGGGAGUCACUUUUACCUUUUUUGGCACUUCGUUCCUUUUCAUAACGUCCCACUUCACAUCUGGGGAUAGCAAAGUUUACGACAGAAUACUCGAUUACAACAAGAUCAUCGAGGCUUUGGGGCUUCCUAAAAGCCUCCCAGAUACCAACCAGUAUCGCUCCGACCCAUCUGACGUCACUUCCAAGUUUGACCAGGUGAUCUGGGUUGGAGAUUUUAACUUCCGGCUGAGUGCAAACCGUUCCGACGUGGAAAACAUCAUGAAAGGCUCAGCAGGUGGCGACAGGAGCCCUCUGCUGGAGCACGACCAACUCUCCAAGGAAAUGAAAGAUGGUUCGAUCUUCAAGGGCUUCCAGGAGGCACCGAUACGCUUCCUUCCUACGUAUAAGUUUGACAUUGGCUGCGAUAAGUACGACACCACGUCUAAGCAGAGGACGCCUUCAUACACAGACAGGAUUCUGUUCAGGAGCAGGCAGGCCAAUGACAUAAGUGUGCUGAGAUACAACAGCUGCUCCAGCGUGAAGACGUCUGACCAUCGACCCGUCAUCGCCGUCUUUCAGGUGAAACUCAGGCCAGGAAGAGACAAUAUUCCUCUGUGUGCAGGACAGUUUGACCGAAGUUUGUAUUUGGAGGGCAUAAAGAGGAGGAUGGCCGCCACAGAGCUGAAGAGGAGGGAGGCUAUAAAAAACCAAAGCAGCAGCACCGUCUGCAGCAUCUCCUGAACGCCGAGCGAUCUCUGGGGUUGGACAGACUGGAUCAGGACCAAAAGGAGGCCGGGGUUGUCUCAACAGCGGCACUGAGCGGUGAAACUGGCUACCCUCGUCAGCCCGGGGACCUCAAACUAAUCUUUACAGGCAGUUCAGCCUUCUGGAGCGAGACAGAUUCUGCAUCAGUUGGAGUUUUCCAUCCCUGUUAGCGUCUCACACCGUAGUGUUGGCUUUUUAGGAUAAAUGCCUUGCUGUUUAUAGAACUCUGCACACGAGUUAGCUGCCUAAACGUACUGGGACGUGACUUUCUGCGACUGAAGCCGUUAUAUUUGUCACAAAGUUAUUACACUGCAAAACCUGAUUUUUAGACAUUUAUCGUUUCAGUCUAAAAAGAAACGACUCACCUUGAAAAAGAACACAUUUGAAAUAAGGUAAAACUGUUUUAAAUAUCUUGUUUGACAUGUUUUUAAGUCUUUUUCUGGAGCCAGUCUGCUAAAACGACCCUUUAGGGUUAAUGAAAUGCCGCUCGGAGCCCCACCACCCCGCGGCCAGAAAACCAGACUUGCAACUUUCGAGUUACCGUCCGGUCCCUGCUGGUGGAGGGAGCCGUGCAGCUGCAGUCUGCUUCCAGCACGCUCCCUGCUUGUUUUAGAUCGUUAACACAGCCGAUUCGCUUCAUUUAGUGAUGAAUCGCUUUUCUAGACACUAAUGUAGGCUGAGGAGACUAGGUUAGGUUAGGUUAGGGUGUUAAAAAGACCAAUGUGCAGCAAGGAGAUGGGUUUAAUAUUCGGUUAAACCAGUGAAUUAGUAACAGACACUAGGGGGUGCUAAAAGCCAGUAAAACUGCUCAGUGUAAAAGGGUUUGUAAGAAUUCUUGCCAAGCAAUUGUUGGCAGAUUAUUUUGUCAAAGCAAGAAAGUAUAUUUAAGAAUAUUCACCACAUUUCACGUCGUUUUUGCAGUUAAGCGUUAUAAUGUUAGACUGAAAAUGAGAUUAAAACUCUAAAAGAUGAGUUUUUGCAGUGUACAAAACAUUCACGAGCUUACGGGCACGCGUUGGUUUCAGACCUUUGAUGCAUUCAAUGCUUUUGUUUACACUUUUUCUAAAUAACACAAUUAAACAUGAUUAGAGAUGCCUUUUCUAUUGUUAGUAGGCCAUGUGAUUUUCUGCAGCUAACUCAACGCCUUACCUCUCAUGCAAACACAAGCCUAACGUAGUGUUGGCGUCCAGUCCAGGCUUCCAAAGCUUGUGUUGUUCUAGAAAAGUGCCUGUGGGUCUCGUUUUUAACGUCCCCAGGACCUCUUGUCUCAAUCUGUAACUUAUGGUCUCAUCUAAGAUGUGACGUUGUGUAAUAAAUGUUGUUAAACAACA